AUGGUGGGUGGGCAAACUGGGCCUCCUGANUCUCACAACUCGUCCCCAGGGCCAUCUCCGGUUUCAAGAUGGUGGGUGGGCAAACUGGGCCUCCUGAGGCCGUUUACAUGGAGGCUUGAACUGUUUGGAGAACAACACUCGAGCACAGCUGACAGUUACCAUUCACUCGGGAUCACCCAACAUGCACAAGGCGACUUUAAUUCAGCUCUUCAAUCUAAACAACAUGCGCUUGAUAUCGGCCUUAAACUGUUUGGAGAAGAAAACUCGGGCACAGCUUACAGUUACCAUUCCCUGGGCGUUACGCAACAUGAACAAGGCGACUUCAAAUCAGCUCUUCAUUCUAAGCAACAUGCGCUUGAUGUCACCCUUAAGCUGUUUGGAGAAGACCACUCUCGUGCAGCUGAUAGUUACGCUUCACUUGGGGCAACACAACAUGCACAAGACGACUUGACCUCGGCUCUUCAGUCUACCCAGCGUGCGCUUGAUAUCAGGCUGAAACUGUUUGGAGAAAAACACUCAAGCACAGCUGACAGUUACCAUUCACUCGGGGUAAUACAACAUGAACUAGGCGACUUUUCCUCAGCUCUUCAGUCUAAACAACGAGCGCUUGAUAUCAGCAUUCAACUGUUUGGAGAAGACCACUCAAGCACAGCUCACAUUUACCAUUCACUCGGGGUAACACAACAUGCACAAGGCGAGUUGACCUCAGCUCUUCAGUCUAAACAACGUGCGCUUAAUAUCAGAGUUAAACUGUUUGGAGAAGAACACUCUAGUACAGCUGAUAGUUACGCUUCACUUGGGGCAACACAACAUGCACAAGACGACUUGACCUCGGCUCUUCAGUCUACACAGCGUGCGCUUGAUAUCAGGCUUAAACUGUUUGGAGAAGAACACUCGAGCACAGCUGACAGUUACCAUUCAUUCGGGGUAACACAACAUGAACUAGGCGACUUUUCCUCAGCUCUUCAGUCUAAACAACAUGCGCUUGAUAUCAGGCUUAAACUGUUUGGAGAAGAACACUUAAGCACAGCUGAUAGUUACGUUUCACUCGGGGUAACACAACAUGCACAAGGCGACUUGACCUCAGCUUUUCAGUCUAAACAACGUGCGCUUGAUAUCAGGCUUAAACUUUUUGGAGAAGAGCACUCGAGCACAGCUGACAGUUACCAUUCACUCGGGGAGACACAACAUGAACAACAGGACUUUUCCUCGGCUCGUCAGUCGAAACUAAGUGCGCUAUUUAUUAGGCUUAAACUGUUUGGAGAAGAGCACUCGAGCAUAGCUGACAGUUACCAUUCACUCGGGGUAACACAAGAUGCACAAGAGGACUUUUUCUCAGCUCGUCAGUCUGUACAGCGUGCGUAUGAUAUAAGGCUUAAACUUUUUGGAGUAAAACACCCAAUUCACCAGGUAAACAGAACUGAGUGUGAAAACUGUGCUAAGGGAGGCCCACUUUUAACAGCGAAUAUUGUUGCAAGGGAUGCCACUUCAGCAGAACAGUGUAGUUUAAACGAUGAGGAAAAUGCUGAUGAAGUGUCUGAAGGCUCCUCUAGUGGAAUAUCAGAAAAUUGCAGCGAUUCUGUGGCAGAAGAUUUGCAUAAGGACCCAAAUACAGAGUCUUGUGGAUGGCCCAAAAUUAAAGGCAUUAACCCAAAUAUUGUUUAUCUGAAGGUUGUGGGAUUAGUGGCAGAAGUUUGA